AUGCUGACAGAACUAUUGGCUGGGCAAAAAACGAUCGCUCGAGACAUCGCUGACAUCAAGGUAUUUCAGCAAACUGUUAACAAGCGUUUUGACGCUCUGGAAUCCCGUGUGGCCGCUCUCGAAAAAACUAGCGCUGAUACUAAAGUCUCAUUUGACCAUUCUGGUUCGGACGUACGCUCUUUAUCUCAGGCUGUUUCGGAACUAAUUAAAAAAAAUGAUGACCUUGAAAAUCGCUCGAGACGCAACAAUAUAAUUUUGCAUGGACUUGGUGAACACAAUGCCGAAAACACAGAUACGCUUUUGUCUAAUGUACACCAACUUUUCAAAGAGAAACUUCAAAUUGAAUGCCCGCCCAUCGAACGUUGUCACAGAAUUGGCACCAAACGUGAAGGUAGAUCGCGCCCACUUAUAUUACGAGUACUAGACUUCCGGAACAAAGUACAAAUAAUGAAAAUUGUCUCAAAGCUGAAAGGAACAAAAUUUUACAUAACUGAAGAUUACUCGGCUAAUGUACGUGCCAUCCGCAAAAAGCUAUGGGCAGCAACCUCUUCUUUUCGUGACCAUGGCUCUGUGGUGAGGUUGCGUUAUGACCAUGUCUUUAUAAAUGGUGUCCGCUACAGGUGGAAUGAUGCAGCUAAUGCCCUAGUUGACGAUUCAGGUCUCGCUGUAAAUGCCGUAGUGAAUAAUUCGAGCCUUUCUGACAACACUCUCCCGGCCACGUCAUCUUCACCUUGA